ACCCCAAAAGCCUCGGCCUCUCACGCGUCACACACACGCAGCGCAUCUUCUUUCUCUUCUCCGCCGCGUCGCCGCCGGACAGCACCGCCGAAUCGAUGGAGGGUUGGGAUAAGGGGACGAAGAGCACGGUGGGAGAGAUCCCGCUGCUGACGACGCGGGCGGGUCCGCGGGACGGCGAGGCGUGGCGGCAGCGGCUGAAGGAGGAGUACCGCGCGCUGAUCGCCUACACGUCGGUGAACAAGGCCAAGGACAACGACUGGUUCCGCAUCGCCGCCGCCAACCCGGAGGGCACCCGCUGGGAGGGAACCUGCUGGUACGUCCACAACCUCCGCCGCUACGAGUUCCCCCUCCAGUUCGACAUCCCCGUUGCCUACCCCCAGGUCGCCCCCGAGAUCGAGCUCCCCACCCUCGACGGCAAGACCCACAAGAUGUACAGGGGAGGGAAGAUCUGCCUCACCGUGCACUUCAAGCCGCUGUGGGCCAAGAACUGCCCGAGGUUCGGGAUUGCGCACGCGCUGUGCCUCGGCCUCGCGCCGUGGCUCGCGGCGGAGGUCCCGAUCCUGGUCGACUCGGGCAUGGUGAAGCACAAGGAUGAUGAGGCAGCUCCUGCCGAGGCAUCUGGCUCUGCUGCUCCAUCUUCCUAGUUGCAACUUGCAAUGGAGAGUGUGCUUAUUGUCUGAUGAGCUAAGUGAUGAUUGGAUAAAAACUCGGUGGUGAACCACCAAAUAAGAGCAAUACUUGCAUAUCUAACAAGCAUGUCCCAUAUCUGCUGAUUGCUGA